AGUGUAGUAUAUAUGUUAUAAUGUAAAUUGCAUUGUAAAUUUAUUGAACAAUAUAUGUAAUAUAUAUAAUAUCAAAUAUGAAAAGGAGUAGAAAUUAAAUAUUAAAAAUAGGUGUAAGUUUUCUGUAUUUAAAGGGGUUUUUUUUUUUUGUUUUUAUUUGGUCAGGGGUAGGGAGUUUUUUAGUUGUGGUCGGGCUUUUUUUGGGGCAUUUUGUAGGAUUGGGACUCUCCUUUUUGCCCCGGGAGCUCGAGGCUGGCCCGAGCCUGUGGCCUCUCCCGCAGGUGAGUGUGACACGGUAGAGAAGGGAGCCAGGCAGUGCUCUGGGACUUUGAAUCUACCCAACUGUUUUCCAAAUGUAUUUGCAGAGAUUCAGCUGUGGGGAAGCUGCAGAGAAGGCUGCCUGGCACAGCCCCCCAGAAUGGGCCUCCCCCGACUGGGCUCCCGCAGAGGAUGGGGCAGUUGCAGCCCCCUGUCAUUCCUGUGAGAUUUGGUAAGUCUGGGGAGGGGUUUCCUGACUGUCCCUGUCUCCAAGCGAGCCGUGCCUCGUUGUCCAGAAGCCCUGCCUGGGCAGCCCGGCCCGGCACAGCUCCAUUCCCUCUCCCGGGCUCACCGGAGGGAUGCAGAGCCACCAAAGUGCGGGUCAGGCUGGAAAGGGGACGGUGGGGCCUGCGGCCACAGCAGGGGGAAGGACAGGAGGCAAAGCCUCUCGACCAGCCCUGGGCCCAGCCUGCCCAGGAGAAGCUUCCGAGAGGCGCCGGGGCUCUCGUUUGCCCGGAAAGCUGCAGCCGUUGGGGCAGGUCUCGGGCUGUGACCCAGCCCCUGCAGCACUGCAGAGAAAAGGGGCACGUGAUGGCCCACGGGGUCGGCUGCAGUCCUUAAGAGCAGUGCCUGCUUUCACCACUGCCUUUUGCUGCCUGCAGAGAUCUGUGCUGAGGGUUGGCAGCUCCUGCUGGGGCAAGAGCUGCAUCUUCCAAGAGGCAAAGCUGCAGCAUCUUCCUCCCCAGGGACUGUCUCCAUGCAGGAAGCAGCACAGGGGACUGGCCGAAGGGCUCGGGCUGGGACACGGCCCCAACAGGAGCAGCCCUGGCACACUGACACGGGAGGAUGAGCCCAGAGGAGAUGCUGCUGCACCACGUCCCCAGGAGAGCCCCUGCCUCCUUCUGCUCUCAGGGAUGGGACUGGGAGACGCCUCCACGCCGAGAGUGGCACUUGGCAUGGCUUCAGUCCCCAGUGGAAGAGGCUGGGCUCCCCGCUGCCCAGAGCUCCUGGUUAGGGACACCCACGCCUGCGCCUGGCUCAGAGUCCAGGGUGCACUCAGUCCGGAUCCAGCCUCGAGACGUUCCUGCUGCAGCUGCAGGUGUUUCCCAGUCCAGCUUGCUGAACCUCCAGCUCUGACUGUUCUUCCUUCCAGCUCUGGCUCUGAGAUGCUGCACUUGAUGGCUGCUCCAGUUCCUUCCAGCUCUGGGUUGGUUUUUUCAAGCGCCACUACAAGGAGAUGCUGGAGGGCACCAAGACCCCCGGGGUGCCCCAGGACUGAGUGAGAGGAGCCCAAAAAUUUUGGGCACCCCAUCCCCCCAAAAUAUUAAAUUCACAUGGAAGCUUCCCCUGUAUUUGUGUGGAGUUUUUUGAAAUUAUUUUGGAAUUUUUUAGGGGGGGUUUUGGGAAACUGGGGAGGAGGAAACACUAAAAAAUAAAAAAAUAAAUUUAAAAAGGAUU